AUGCCCGGGUGCUACAAAGAAACCGUCUGCCAACUCUGCGGCGUUUCCUUCGCCAUCACGCGAUUCCGCCGCGCAGAGGAAGACUCCUCCAAGGCGUGGGCCUAUUACGGCUCUGACUACAGCGACAGCCCCAUCUGCGGCGUUGGCUCAGGCUGUACCGCACUUCCUCGCGAUGACAGCGAGAACGGCGAACAUCUCGCUGGGCCGGGAUGUGUUUGCACGAGUGGCUAUUCGGGGUAUAGGAUUAGUGUCGAGGAAAUGCGUGGGUGUAGGUCUGUGGUUGUUAUUCUCAAGAAAGAGGAGGAUUGGGAGGAAGAGAGCGAUGAUCAGGAGUUUGAGAAAGAGGGGGGUUAUUUUUUGACGGGCGUCGGUGAUGGAAGCCCGGACGAAGCGCCGUUGGAGGGGUUGACGCCUGUGAGGCAUGGGGUGGAGGGGGUUUGGAUUUGGAAUACUGUUGAGGAUGUUGAUGAGGAGAUGGGGUUACCGAUGCAUCCAUCUUGUUUUGAGAUCUGGAAGAGGAUCUCUAUUGAGAAGACCGGUAAAGUGGACUUACACGAUAUUUGGGCCUGGCGACAGUUAGAAGGCUCAUACGAAGCUUUCUUUGAGCGGUUUCCCCGCCACCCAGCCGUAAGGCAAGGCAAAGACCAGUGGUGGGAACACAAACCAGGCGCCGAAUGGCUGGCAGCUAACCCAAUCGACAUCCCGGGCCUCAACCUCCUCAUCAAUUCUUGUUACCGUGAGAAAUAUAAUGUCAACAGAAGCGUACACCCGGUAUGGCGACGUCCUUUUCCUACCACCUACUCAUCAUCAACGACACCCAACGAUCCAUUCUGGAAAUUACCUCAAGAACUAAGAUUCGCGAUCCUCGAACCUUUAUCUGGUAGAGAUAUCGCGAAUUUACGGCUAGUGACGCCGGCGUAUCGUGAUUUACCGGUGAUCUUGUUCCGAGCGGUGAUUUUGAGCGACUUUCCGUGGCUGUGGGAGAUCAGGGAGUUGGAGGUUGGGACGACGAUGUGGUAUACGUUGUAUAUGAGCAUUAAGUUCGGGUUUGGGCAGUUGAUGGGGGUGAGGAAUCGAAGGAGGGUUUGGCAGGAUGUGGAGGAGAUUUGGAGGAGGGUUGAGAGGUAUAAGAGGGAGGGAAGAUUGGAGGUAGGGUUGUUGAAGAGGUGGAUGCAUGUGGUGAAGACGAGGAGGGAGAGACUGAAGAAGAGUUGA